UGAGCCUGUUCCUCCCCAUCCAGACCCGUACAGCUUCCAAGCACCGAGACAGCACUUCGACAGCUUCGUUGGGGUGGCCCGGGGUGGAAAAGUACAGCUGAGUGUCCUCAGCAUACAGCUGAUCGAUGGCUGGUAGGUACAUCCAUCUGUCUGUAGGUCCAGCUCACUUUGGUUUUGUUCCUUUCUGCUUUAAAGGUGAUGGUCAACCCUCCUGGCUCUCCCUUAUGUCUGCUCCUUCUCAGUGUUCCCAGGACCCAUCAGCCUGCUCCGCUCUGGCCUUUACACCAGUUUGGGGGAGGGAUAGCAGGAGAAGCACUGGAAAGGCUGAGAUCAUUUGCGGAGGCCAGGAAAAGGCAGUCGAUGAAUGAUGGCUGGUGUGCAGGUAGAGAGAGAGACUGAUAAAGGCUCCCAGCAAGGAGACUCAGGCUGCCUGGCUGUCAGCCCAUCAGGGUGGACAGGAGACAAAAUGGAGUUUAAGCUGAUGAUUUAUUUAAGAUCACUUACCUGGGGUUGCUCUGCAAAGAAAUCGGACCCAGCUGGAGUUUAGUGUUUAGUGGCUGAGGUGAGGUUGUACUGGGAUGCAAGGAGAACUGUGUUCCUCCUGUAACACACCAACAAUGGUUCCAGUAUGAUAAGGCCUUGCUGGCUCUUCCUGGCAGUCUAAUCGCGUAAGUGGAGAAGUGGAGGGUGCCCAUAUCUGCCAGACCAAGAGGGCUGAAACUCCUGAAGUGAAGCUGCUGCUUGCUGAAAACAGAAGAAAGUAUAUACAAGCAGGAUAAACCUAUAACUUGGAAGGGGAUGAGCCCACCCUGCUGUGGGGUCUGGGACCCUCUUUCCUCUGGUUGUGGGUCAGGCUGGCCCCCAGCUCACCAACCUCUCUCCCAGCUCUCUGGGCUGCCCAUGAGGCAGGCGCCUAACAGGGCACAAAGUGGCAAAGGGCAAUCUGGAUCCACAAGAGUCAGGAGACCGUCCUUCUGCACCCUGCUUUUUACGCACAGGAGGGAGGGCGGCUCUUACAGUCUGGCCUGACACCCACCACUCAGGAUCGCAGAUGGGUUUUGGGCAGGAGAACCGGAUUCCCCUUUGCUCACAGCUCUGCUGAUUUCGUCACACCAGGUCUGAUGGUCUUCCAAGUCUUCCCUGUAGCUGGUGGGAAGCUGAGCUGGGUGGGAAGGAAGAACAGCUGGUGGGAAGCUGUGCCGGGCGGGGGCAGAGCUGUCCUUGCUUAGAGGACCCCCCUCCCAAAGAAGACCACCAUGUGGAGAGAAGGCAAACUCAACAUAGUAGUAGUACAUUUUUUCACGAGGCGCUUGCUGUCACGAUUCUGACUGAUGAACCCAACCAACCCCCCCUCCCCUCCUUUCUCCUUUGGAGCCCUCCGUAGCGACUUCCAGGGACAGGUGAGCCGACAGGCAUGUUUCUUCCUUCGAAAAAGGCCUUGUCCAGUCAGGGAUGUUCCAGGCCCGAUUCUGGAUGACAUCACAGAACUUCAUCCCGCAGGGCCCAGUGAUGUCACACUGCGGAAGGCAGCCUGCUCCACAGGGCACAUUGGAGCCAACGGGUGCUGCUCUUCCUCGUGAAGUCCCCUUCCUGAUCUGGGCUGCCUUGAAGGGCUGACAGCCAGCGGCCUCACAGAGGCUGCUGCCGCUACUACUGUGGGGGAGAGCAUGGGGCAUGGGGUCAGGUCACCUCUGCCCCCUUCAGGCCUGCAGAAGAUAACUUGGAAAGGGGGCAGCUGGAGGUGCCUCUACAGAGAGACCCGCUGGCCUGGGGCCCCUUUCUCCCUUCCGGCAGCGACCUGCCUGGGCUUCUCCAAGCAGAGCAGAGAGGAUGAUGCGGCUGAUGCAGAGCAAGGUGACCUUGGACAGGUGGAGGCAGCUGUGGAGCAAGUCAACCGCCACGUCCGGGCUCAGGCUGCUGUCUCCUUCCUAUUUGGUGACCGACCAGAAAGUAAAAUAUUCUAGAAAUAUCAAGACGGUAGGUGGGUCAGGGCACAGAGGAGGGGUUCAAAGGGUGCUGCCAGGCAAGACCACUGACCAGCCCCUGGGUGCUCGAGGUGGCAGUGAACCUCCUGUCCUGGCAGCCUCUCUGUUGCCCUCAGCUCUCUCGCCGGAGCAGGCCCAGGUCUUGCAAGCCAUGGUGGAUCCCUGCGCCCGAUUCUUUGAGGAAGUCAACGACGCAGCUGCCAAUGAAGAGCUGGGCAGCAUCGAAGAGGAGACUUUGGCAGGCCUCAAGUCGAUGGGCUGCUUUGGGCUGCAGGUGCCGGAGGAGCUGGGGGGCAUUGGGCUGACCAACACCCAGUACGCUCGCAUGGUGGAAGUGGUUGGGAUGCAUGAUCUCGGCGUGGGCAUCACGCUUGGUGCCCACCAGUCUAUCGGCUUCAAGGGCAUCCUCCUCUUUGGAAACAAGAGCCAAAAGGAAAAAUACCUCCCCAGGCUGGCAUCUGGUCAGAAACCUUGGCAAGGCUGCCGCUGUCUCCCAGGAAGUCUCCCUUCUCUCAUCCCAGGUGAGGCAUACGCGGCCUUCUGCCUGACUGAACCGUCAAGUGGCUCAGAUGCAGCCUCCAUCCAGACAGUAGCUGAGCUCAGCCCCUGCGGGGGCUUCUACACACUCAAAGGAAGCAAGAUCUGGAUCAGCAAUGGGGGCACAGCCGAGGUUUUCACAGUGUUCGCCAAAACUCGCAUCAAGAAUGUCACCACGGGGGAGGAAACGGACAAGAUCUCGGCCUUCAUAGUGGAGCGAGCAUUUGGGGGGGUGAGCAGUGGUCCUCCGGAGCAGAAGAUGGGGAUCCAGUGCUCCAACACGGCCGAGGUGCACUUUGAGGAUGUGAAGGUGCCCACGGAGAACCUGCUGGGGGGGCUCGGCAGAGGCUUCCAGGUGGCCAUGCACAUCCUCAACAAUGGCCGCUUCGGCAUGGCUUCAGCACUGGCCGGCACCAUGCGCAGCGUCCUCCUCAAGGCGGUGGAUCAUGCGGCAGACCGGCAGCAGUUUGGAAAAGCAAUCAGCUGCUUUGGGGCCAUUCAAGAGAAACUGGCACACAUGGCCAUGUUGCUCUACGUGACUGAAGCCAUGGCCUAUGUGCUGAGUGCUAACAUGGACAUGAAGGUGCCUGACUACAAGCUGGAGGCGGCCAUCAGCAAGAUCUUUGCCUCCGAGGCAGCCUGGACUGUGACCGACGAAAGCAUCCAGAUCCUGGGUGGGAUGGGGUACAUGAAGGAGACGGGCGUGGAGAAAGUCAUGCGCGACUUGAGGAUCUUCCGCAUUUUCGAGGGCACCAACGACAUUCUCCGCUUGUUCGUGGCUCUGUCAGGCAUGGAGUAUGCCGGGCAGACCCUGAGAGGCCUGCGCAAGAACCUUUCCGACCCCCUGCUGCACAUGGGAGCCAUCUACAAGGAGGUGGUGAUGCGAGCGAAACGCAAAGUUGGGGUCCCCACUGGCCAGACACUGCAGGGCCUUGUCCAUCCAGAACUGGAAGACUGUGCUGCUCUGGUCACCAGAGCUGUGGAGCUGUUUGGAGAGACCAUUGAGAGUCUGCUCUUGAAGUACGGUGCAGAAGUGACGGACAAGCAGUUCCACCUGAGGCGCAUUGCAGACGCUGCCAUAGACACCUAUGCCAUGGCUGUGGCUUUAUCCAGAGCCAGCCGUGCCCUCUCCCUGGGCCAGCCCACUGCUCAGCAUGAGAAGCUUUUGUGCCAGACGUGGUGCCAGCAGGCCUUCCUGCGUGUGCAGGCAUCUCUGCGGGAAGCCAAAUCUGCCAGCUGGGAAGAGGUCUUCACCAGCAUGAAGCUGAUCUCAGACACCUUGGUGGAGCACAGAAGCACCGUGGCUUCCCAUCCCCUGGGCUUUUAAAGCUAGGGGUUUUGUUUAGCAUGGAACCAAAUAAAUGCUUAUAUUAUCCUUCUACUAAAGCAGUCUUCACAUGAUUUGCUGGUGUCUCUGCGCUCUUGUCGUUGUAUAUGGGCAGCUCUUCACAUCUGGAGACUGACUGACUGGCAUUCAACAUGCACAAAGCUGGUUCCCUUGCUCGACCCCCAAAGAAGUCUCAGUCCUGCCUCAAUUAGUAAAGUAGCACAUACUGGAGUCCCUGCUGAACUUUUUUUGGAUUAUGUGCUGUCAAGUUGGUGACGACUCUUAGCAACCACAUGGGUGGAUUUUCUCAGGAUAAUCAGUCCAUUAUCAACCCAGAAUGGGUUGAUCAACAAAUGUAUCAAAUUAGAACCAGCCUACGAACCUGUAAGGACUCGAAUCAAUCGAGUGACCAACCAGUGACAGCAUCCACAUCACUGACAGGUAGCUGCCUCACGUGAUGCCCCCAACCAGGGUUACCUCUCCCCCAGGUGACCUUUGCCUCAUGUGACCUCCAAUCAGGAUGACUUCUUCCCCAGGCAGUUUUUGCACCAUGUGACCUAUCAAUCCCAUGGUCAACCGAUCAUGUAACCAAACAAGAGCAUAUAAAAGCAGAGGAUAACUGAAACAAGACACUUUAACUGAAAUUCUGCUGUUCUCAGGGUCACCCAAGUAGUGUAAACAGGGCAGAAAACAUCCUGCAGCCAAAAAGGCUCCACACCCAUUUGCACCACUCAGAUGGCCCUGAGGACACAGAUAAGACCUCCAAGUGGUUAGAAGGUUAUGACUUAUUAUAUGGAUGGCAUGCGUAUUUAUUUUACUAAAAAAAAGUGGAUAGGGCUUUUAAGAGUCAUGUGUUGAGAAGUGCUCUUUUGCGGGUCUGGAAAAAAUAUUCUUAUAAACUAGACUGUAAGAUUCCUAUAUGGGUGAGCCCCAGACAUGCAAUAGAGAAUAUAAAUAUAGAACAGAAACAGGAAAUGAUUACUUAUAAAGAACUUUUGUAUGCUGAAGGAGGUAGCUUGCAAUUAAAAUCAUUACAGGUAUUAAAUGAAGAAGGGAGGAAUUAUACUUGGUUUCAAUAUGGGCAACUAAGUGCUAGAUGGAAAGAAGAUCAAAAAAUUGGUAUAAUGCAAAGGGAGGAAAAUUUAAUAAAGCAAAUUAGAAAUCAGACCCAGGAGCAUAUAAAGAGAUUGUAUAAUGUGUUGCUUGAAAUAGAUUCGGAAAAGGAUUUGGUAAAGGAUUGUAUGAUAAAAUGGGCACAGAAUAUUCAGGAACCAAUAAUGUUGGAAACAUGGGAGAAAAUCUGGGUUAGAAAUGUUAAGUUUACACAAGCACAGAAUUUAAGGGAAAAUUUUUAUAAGAUGUUUUAUAGAUGGCACUUAGAUCCUAAAAAAUUAUCAUGUAUGUAUCCUGAUAUCCAAGCGAAAUGUUGGAGAUGUGACUGUGAUGACGCUACAUAUUUUCAUAUUUGGUGGACUUGUAAGAAAAUUAAGGCCUUUUGGAUAAGAAUAUGGUGGAUUAUUCAAAAUGUCCUGAAGAAGAAGAUAAAGUUCCUGCCCCAAUUUUCCUUUUGGGAAUUAUAACGGAUUGCACAGUGACUGAGACUAAAUUGAUUUUGAACUUAAUAACAGCAGCAAGGCUGUUGAUUGGACAAUAUUGGAAGAAAAAAGAGUUACGGUACCUACAAUAGAAGAAUGGAUAUUGAAAGUUACUAACUUGGCUGAGAUGGCUAAAAUCUCAGCCUUCUUGAAAGACAAUAGAUAUUUAAUUGAAUGGAAAAAAUGGAUUAUUUACAAAACAGAUAUCAGAUUAAGAAAUAUCAGAUUGCCUUUGAAUAAUUAGGAAGUAUUAUUUUAUAU